AUGUUGUCAAGACUUUUCCGAAUGCAUGGCCUCUUUGUGGCCUCCCAUCCCUGGGAAGUCAUAGUGGGGACAGUGACACUGACUAUCUGUAUGAUGUCCAUGAACAUGUUUACCGGCAACGAUAAGAUCUGUGGUUGGAAUUAUGAGUGUCCAAAGUUUGAAGAGGAUGUUUUGAGCAGUGACAUUAUAAUUCUCACAAUAACACGAUGCAUAGCAAUCCUGUAUAUUUACUUCCAGUUUCAGAAUUUACGUCAACUUGGAUCAAAAUAUAUUUUGGGUAUUGCUGGCCUCUUCACAAUUUUCUCAAGUUUUGUAUUCAGUACAGUUGUCAUUCAUUUCUUAGAUAAAGAAUUGACAGGCUUGAAUGAAGCUUUGCCCUUUUUCCUACUUUUGAUUGACCUAUCCAGAGCAAGUGCACUAGCAAAGUUUGCCCUCAGUUCCAACUCACAGGAUGAAGUAAGGGAAAAUAUUGCUCGUGGAAUGGCAAUUUUAGGCCCCACGUUCACCCUUGAUGCUCUUGUAGAAUGUCUUGUGAUUGGAGUUGGUACCAUGUCAGGGGUACGCCAACUUGAAAUUAUGUGCUGUUUUGGCUGCAUGUCAGUUCUUGCCAACUACUUCGUGUUCAUGACUUUCUUUCCAGCUUGCGUUUCCUUGGUUUUAGAGCUUUCUCGGGAAAGCCGCGAGGGUCGUCCAAUUUGGCAGCUCAGCCAUUUUGCCCGAGUUUUAGAAGAAGAAGAAAAUAAACCGAAUCCUGUUACUCAGAGGGUUAAGAUGAUUAUGUCUCUAGGCUUGGUUCUUGUUCAUGCUCACAGUCGCUGGAUAGCUGAUCCUUCUCCUCAAAACAGUACGGCAGAAAAUUCUAAGGUUUCUUUAGGACUGGAUGAAAAUGUGUCCAAGAGAAUUGAACCAAGUGUUUCCCUCUGGCAGUUUUAUCUCUCCAAAAUGAUCAGCAUGGAUAUUGAACAAGUUAUUACCCUAAGUUUAGCUCUCCUUCUGGCUGUCAAGUACAUCUUCUUUGAACAAGCAGAGACAGAAUCUACACUUUCAUUGAAAAACCCCAUCACAUCUCCUGUAGUGACCCAAAAGAAAGUCGCAGAUGAUUGCUGUAGACGUGACCCUGCAGUGGUCAGAAAUAACCAGAAAUGCCAUGCGGUGCAGGAGGAGACAAAGAUAAACAAAGAAAGAAAAGUUGAGGUCAUAAAACCCUUAGUGGCAGAAACUGACACCUCAAACAGAGCUACAUUUGUGGUUGGUAAUUCCUCCUUGCUCGAUACUUCCCCGGAACUAAGGACACAGGAACCUGAAAUCCAACUUCCUAAGGAGCCUCGGCCUAAUGAAGAAUGUCUACAGAUACUUGGGAAUGCAGAGAAAGGUGCAAAAUUCCUUAGUGAUGCUGAGAUCAUCCAGUUAAUCAAUGCUAAGCAUAUUCCAGCUUACAAAUUGGAAACUCUGAUGGAAAAUCAUGAACGAGGUGUAUCUAUUCGCCGACAGUUGCUUUCCAAAAAACUUCCAGAGCCUUCUUCUCUCCAGUAUCUACCUUACAGGGACUAUAAUUACUCCUUGGUGAUGGGCGCUUGUUGUGAGAAUGUUAUUGGAUAUAUGCCCAUCCCCGUUGGGGUGGCGGGACCUCUGUGCUUGGAUGGAAAAGAAUUUCAGGUUCCAAUGGCAACAACAGAAGGCUGUCUUGUGGCCAGCACUAAUAGAGGCUGCAGAGCAAUAGGCCUUGGUGGGGGUGCCAGCAGCCGAAUCCUUGCAGAUGGGAUGACUCGUGGCCCAGUGGUGCGUCUUCCUCGUGCUUCUGACUCUGCAGAAGUGAAAGCCUGGCUUGAGACACCUGAAGGGUUCACAGUGAUAAAGGAAGCAUUCGACAGCACCAGCAGGUUUGCACGUCUACAGAAACUUCAUAUGAGUGUGGCUGGGCGUAACCUUUACAUUCGUUUCCAGUCCAGGUCAGGUGAUGCCAUGGGGAUGAACAUGAUUUCAAAGGGUACAGAGAAAGCACUUGCGAAACUCCAUGAGUAUUUCCCUGAAAUGCAGAUCCUGGCAGUCAGUGGUAACUAUUGUACUGACAAGAAGCCUGCUGCUAUAAACUGGAUAGAGGGGAGAGGAAAGUCUGUUGUUUGUGAAGCCGUCAUUCCAGCCAAGGUUGUCAGAGAAGUGUUAAAGACUACUACGGAAGCUAUGGUUGAUGUCAAUAUUAAUAAGAAUCUGGUGGGUUCCGCCAUGGCCGGGAGCAUCGGAGGGUACAAUGCCCAUGCGGCAAACAUUGUCACUGCCAUCUACAUCGCCUGUGGACAGGAUGCAGCACAGAAUGUUAGUAGUUCAAACUGUAUUACUUUAAUGGAAGCAAGUGGUCCCACAAAUGAAGAUUUGUAUAUCAGUUGUACCAUGCCGUCUAUAGAAAUAGGAACUGUGGGUGGUGGGACCAAUCUGCUCCCACAGCAAGCCUGUUUGCAGAUGCUAGGUGUUCAAGGAGCAUGCAAAGACAAUCCUGGGGAAAAUGCCCGGCAGCUUGCCAGAAUCGUGUGUGGUACAGUAAUGGCUGGGGAAUUAUCACUGAUGGCAGCAUUGGCAGCAGGACAUCUUGUCAAAAGUCACAUGAUUCACAACAGGUCAAAGAUAAAUUUACAAGACCUCCAAGGAACUUGCACCAAGCAGGCCGCUUGA